UUUGACGCACUCUCUUUCGUUUCUCCCUCCCUUUCGUCUUUUUCCCCGACAACUAAUUCCCUUGUUGCCUGGCUUGUAGCUACUUCCAUUUCUUCUUUUGUUCUUCCUUUUUGGCUAAUUAACCAAGAGGCAUAAAGCAAAUCUAUGGCCAUGGAUGAUCACGACCGUCCAUCAUCUGACUUUUUCCAAGAACACGAGCAGUGCUACUACAGCGACACCAAUUGCAACUUAGCCACUCCAGGGGACGAUCUUUUUAGCAUAUUGGAGAGCUUAGACGAUGGAUUUGGAUUCGGAGGAGCCAUGGAAUUCCCUCCGCCGCCAGCCACGGUGGCAUUGGAUGAUGAACAACCACCGCGACCGUUUGUUUUCAGCUCAUCCUCAGCUGACCAGACCGAUCUUGACGAAACCAAUUCGCCCCCCAAAACCAAGAGAUUGAAGUUCUCUGCAUCACCUGCUUCGGGCGGCACCGCGACCACUUUCUCAGAUGAAGAUGGACAACAAACAAGGAUGUCUCAUAUAACGGUGGAGCGCAACCGUAGAAAGCAAAUGAACGACCACUUGUCUGUCCUGCGCUCUCUCAUGCCUUGCUUCUAUGUCAAACGAGGAGAUCAAGCAUCAAUAAUUGGAGGGGUGGUUGAUUACAUCAAUGAACUGCAGCAAGUUCUUCAAUCGCUUGAGGCCAAGAAGCAGCGAAAAGCCUACAGUGAAGUGUUAAGCAGCCCUAGGCUGGCCUCAAGUCCAAGACCACCUGGUCCCUCACCACCAGUCCUUAGCCCUAGAAAACCCCCUCUCAGUCCUAGGCUCAGCUUGCCCCCUAUCAGCCCAAGAACCCCUCAGCCAACCAGCCCUUACAAGCCCUCUUCUGCUAGGGCUCUGCAGCAACCACCACCACAAUUACCUGCCUCUGCUAAUAUUAUUAGUAAUUAUCUGAUUUCUAGUCCAAACAUGCCCACCUCAUCGUCACUUGAAUUACCAUCUCCUUCUUCUUCAACUACUUCCUCCCAUGUCAAUAAUAAUAAUAAUAUUGACAAUCUCAAUGAGCUAUUCGCCAACUCCAAGUCCGCCGUCGCCCAAGUGGAGGUGAAAUUUUCGGGUCCAAAUGUUCUUCUGAAAACGGUGUCGCCUCCAAUACCAGGACAGGCUCUCAGAAUCAUUUCUACUCUCGAAGAACUUUCGCUUGAAAUUCUUGACGUCAGCAUCACCACCGUUGACGAAACCAUGAUUAAUGCCUUCACCAUCAAGAUUGGAAUUGAAUGCCAACUUAGUGCCGAGGAACUGGCUCACCAAAUUCAGCAAACGUUCUGCUAAUUGCAUGCCCUAUGUACCUAACAAUCUCAUCAUAUCUGCCAAUUGGUAUUUGGUAUUUGGUAUUUGGUAUUUGGUGCUAAUAAUAAAACAGAAUGUGGGAAAGGCAUUUUUACCA